GGUACCUGCUCUUCCGGGACUUUGCCUUCAACCAAGCAGAGGAGGCCAAACCUCUGAUGGAGUUUUAUGAGGAGAUCAAGAAGUACGAGAAGCUGGAUUCGGAGGAGGAGCGAACCGCACGGAGCCGCCACAUCUUUGACCAUUACAUCAUGAAGGAGCUGCUGGCCUGCUCCCACCCCUUCUCCAAGAGUGCCACGGAGCAUGUCCAGAGCCGCCUGAGCAAGAAGCAGGUGCCCCCAGACCUCUUCCAGCCCUACAUUGAGGAGAUCUGCCAGAACCUGCGUGGGGGCAUCUUCCAGAAAUUCAUUGAGAGUGACAAGUUCACGCGGUUCUGCCAGUGGAAGAACGUGGAGCUGAACAUCCAUCUCACCAUGAACGACUUCAGCGUUCACCGAAUCAUCGGCCGCGGUGGUUUCGGGGAGGUCUACGGCUGCCGGAAGGCGGAUACGGGAGGAGACCUGCAUUAUCACCUGUCCCAGCACGGCGUCUUCUCAGAGGCAGAAAUGCGGUUCUAUGCGGCCGAGAUCAUCCUGGGCCUGGAGCACAUGCACAGCCGCUUCGUGGUGUACCGCGACCUCAAGCCGGCAAACAUCCUGCUGGACGAGUUUGGGCACGUCCGUAUCUCAGACCUGGGCCUGGCCUGCGAUUUCUCCAAGAAGAAGCCCCAUGCCAGCGUGGGCACCCACGGGUACAUGGCUCCGGAGGUGCUGCAGAAAGGAGUGGCGUACGACAGCAGCGCCGACUGGUUCUCACUGGGCUGCAUGCUCUUCAAGCUGCUCCGGGGGCACAGCCCCUUCCGGCAGCACAAGACGAAGGACAAGCACGAGAUCGACCGUAUGACCCUCACCAUGGCCGUCGAGUUGCCGGACUCCUUCUCCCCCGAGCUGCGCUCCCUGCUCGAGGGGCUGCUGCAG